AUGGUCACCACCCCACACUUGAACCCUUCUCAUUCUCUCACAUUCUCCCUUCUCCCUUGCUUCUCGCCCACACUAAACGCAGAGAUGCGGGCAGUGAGGAGCGCUGUGCACAAGGGGGCGAGGGGGUGGGGCAAGGGAGCGGGGGAGGUGUGGCAGGGGAGUGAGGGAGGGGGGAGUGGGGGAGGCGGGGCAGGGGAGUUGGGGAGGAGGGCAGGGGAGUGGGGGAGGGGGGGCAAGAAGCCGUCCCGUCUUCCUCCUCUUCCUCUUAUUUGCCUUCUCCUAUCCGUCCUUCCACUCUCCAUGCCUCCCGCCUCACCCUAUUCUGCCCCACCCCAUUCCGCCAUGCCAUCCUACUCCUCAUCCCCAUUCCCUCGUUUCCCCAUCCCAUCAUUCCCUCAGCCAACUUUACCAUCCCACCAUACGGUCAUACCCCAUCCCGCGACCUCCCCGUCACCUCCACCCGACCCCUCUCCUCCCUGCUUCUUCCCAUCUUCCCAUCUUCCGCCUCGCCAUAAGGUUUUCGACGUCACACCCUGCCACCCACGCUUCCCCUCGUCGCCGUCGCCGUCCCCCACGCUCCCCCCCACCGUCGCCCUCGCUUCCUCCCGCUGUCGCUCACACUUUACUCCGUCGUUGACCACGCUCCCCCUCCCGUCGCUUUCGCUUCCUCCCACCGUCGCCCUCGCUUCCUCCCACCGCCGCCCUUGCUUCCUCCCACCGUCGCCUUCGCUUCCUCCAACCGUCGCUUUUGCUUCCUCCCACCGUCGCCCUCGCUUCCUCCCACCGUCGCCCUCGCUUCCUCCCACCGUCGCCCUCGCUUCCUCCCACCGUCGCCCUCGCUUCCUCCCACCGUCGCCCUCGCUUCCUCCCACCGUCGCCCUCGUUUCCUCCCACCCUCCCCUACACUCCGCCGUCGUCAUCACUUCCCUGCCUAUCACGCUCAACCUCUUCGUCACACGUCGCCUCUCUCUCUCCCCCUAUUCUACCUUCACCACUCCUACCAUCGUCCAUGGUUACCACCCCACACUUGAACCCUUCUCAUUCUCUCACAUUCUCCCUUCUCCCUUGCUUCUCGCCUACACUAAACGCAGAGAUGUAUGGCGCCUGGGCGCUGGGCGUGGCAGGGGAGUGAGGGAGGGGGGAGUGGGGGAGGCGGGGCAGGGGAGUUGGGGAGGGGGGCAGUGGAGUGGGGGAGGGGGGGGCAGGAAGCCGUCCCGUCUUCCUCCUCUUCCUCUUAUUUGCCUUCUCCUGUCCGUCCUUCCACUCUCCAUGCCUCCCUCCUCUCUUUCUCUCUCUUUCCCUCCUUCACUUCUCCCGUCCGCCCGUGCUCCCAGCCUCCCUCCUCUGUACCACUCUCCCAACCACUCUUUCUUUCAUCCUCCUGCCUCUCUUCCACCCUGCCACUCUUCUUUUGAGACUGCCACCUUCCGAGCUUCUUUUAGUCCACCUUUCCGUCUCACCCACUUGUCCUCUCCCAACUUGAUCCUCACAUCCUCCCAUCCCCCCUUCUCCCCUUCCACCCUCCAACCCUUGCGCUCAUCCUCCCUUCGUCUCACCCUCCUUUUUUCUCAUCCUCCCAUCCUCCCUCUCUUCCCUCCCCCCUCCCUUCCUCCUGUCCUCCCUUCCUCCCUUCCUUUCUUCCUCUCUUCCACCCUCUGCCCUACUCUCUGCUUCAGUGUCUUUCUCCCCUCUCUUUCCCCUUUCCUCCCUCCCUUCAUCUCAUCCUCUCUUCCGCCCUUCCUCCUUGUCUCCCUUGCUCAUUUCUCCCUCCUCAUAUUCCCUGUUCCCUGCGUCCCUCGCUGCCAUCCUCCCUUCCUCUCAGCCUCCUCACUUCCUCUCGUCAACCAUUCCUCCGCACCCUUCUACCCUGCCACGCCUAUACACUCCUACCUUAUUCUAGGGGCUUGUUUCUUGUUGCCUGCCUUCCCUUGCAUUGUCAUUAGCGGCUCCCUCAGCACGUCCCCAGCACCGCCAUCACUCGCAGAUGCGGGCACAUGGGGUCCCUUGCGCGCCGAGUCAGAGGAGGCACCUUGCGCAGAGGGGCGUCGCGAGGAGCAGCGCUGUGACGCUGGUGCCAGGGAGGCUGCCAGACCCACCGGGCUGCACAGGGCGGACGCGCCAGCAGCACCAGCAGCAGCACUGCCUCCGGCACCUGUGCCUGCAGCUGGAGAAACGGGAGCAGUGGCGGCAGCAGGAGCAGCAGGCGCAGCAGUGAGAGCGAGUGCAGGAGGCGGGGGCGAGGCGCCAAUGGUGAAGGCAGGAGAGGGCGGGGAGAAGGUGGAUUGA